AUGAAUGUCACCUUUUGCUUCUUCUGGGGGGCGAUAUCAGAGCAGUACAAGUCAAUACCACGCAACUAUCUCACACACAUCAUGGCGGGAAUCGUCAACGGACCUCUUUCUCUUUUCCGCAAGUCGGACUCUUCAAAACCUCUCCAUGCUCGAUGGGGGGAUGUGUCCAUCUCCGUACCUACAGAUGGCUCAUGGAACCAGUACGAUAAUCCCCAUCGACCCGUCAAAGAAAGAUCAGCGUAUGGGCCAGGAUACGUGCCCGACUGUUCUCCGCAAGACCGGACUCCCCGCCCAGUGAAAGAGGAGGACCCAGAAGACGACGUCAGAAGCGUUUGCAGUGCAGCUUCAACAAGCUCGCGGCGGAGCUCACUAUCUCUCGGAGCCCUGCGACCGGGCCGGCUUUCAGUGCGCCUCGCCUCGCGUCCCAAACAGUUGCGGGGCGAAACACAGAUAGAAAGAGAAUCCCACUCCGAGCAAAAGCGAAAUGAAUUUGCAUAUCGACCAAUUCGGCAAGACUACACCUCCGAAGUAAUCGAAAAGACAAUUCAGCCCAACAAUCGCUUCAAGUACAUUCCGACAAACGGACGGUACCUCCAAAGCUCAGGCACUGAGACUCCGCGCAGCCAAUCUGUCAACUCGCCCCGCAGCCCCCGCCCGCGGCACGGCUCGUUGUCCGAGUCUAGUGAUCGGCGAUACAGUGGUCGCGACCGCGAUCACUACACCCCCGCCGCCAGAGGGAGCGCGUACUACGAGGAAGACCGUCGCAGUUUGCACUCUACCAGCUUCCGUGAUAGCUCGGACAGCUCUGGUUCACGGUGGAAUUAUGGGCUACCGCCUAGACGGCGAACGUCAUCUUUUGUUCCAGCUGAUAGCAAGAGGGCUUCUUCAAUCUCGAAGUCUAUGACAUUGGCCAUGGUGCCUGAUCCUGAUGAUCUCUAUGAGUAA